AGAGAGACAGACAGACAGACAGACAGAGAGAGAGAGAGAGAGACAGGAAGUGUGUAUGGUGUCUUUUCAUAGUUUGUCAAUCUCUUUGUCUUUCAUUUGCAUUGCCUGUUUUAUUUCUGUCACAUAGUUCAUUGGUGAGGAAGUUGUUGCUUUCCCAGAAGCACUGUGAUACAGGUCAGAGGGUGAAUUUCACAGGAAGAAAAACAUCAUUUUGUCAGAGUUUCAUUGAGCAGCGGCUUCAUAUUGUAGAAGGAUGAAUAAAAGAAGUCAGUGUUCAAAGUCAGAAAUGACCCACUGAGAGUGGCCCACUAUGUGGCUAAUGAAGACUGAUCCUCUUGGAGAUUUGUGUUUGCAGUACUCAGAGAUCAUUAAGGAACAUGGCACACAGUGUGAGCUUCGAUGUCAACAUUUGCCAGACUGAAUCAGACUAUGAGAACCUGAAUGAUGGUGAACCAGGCCAGUUGUCUCUCUGCGAGAUGGUCAGAGAACCAGCAGCCAGCACCCAGAGGUGGUCUGAAACCCUGCAGAUGGAAGUGUUUAGGGAAUGCACAGACAGCUGGCCAACAGCCAGCCACAUGGCAGAUGACGGAGAGGAGAUCAACCCUCUGCAGAGGUACCGAUGGUCAGCUGCCACAGUAAAGAUCCUUUCUUCAAUGCCCAGUCGCACUGUUGGGCAAACUAGCACUACAGGCACUUCCAGGUGUGCAACACGCUCCUCUCAGCUACACAGACACCAGACCACAUCCCAGGAUACUUCCCACCACUCCAGACCAAUCCAGGAUGACUUUGUCCUUACAGAUGUGGAAGAAAUAAGUGGUGAAGAAUGUGGUUUUACAGAAAACGAGAAGGAGCAGUUGCUAUCCAGGCUUCAAGGUCUCUCAGUGGCUGAUAGCAUGCGUAAGCUGCGAGCCAUGCCACUUAGCCUCGCAGACAAGAAGGAGCUCAGGCAACUCGCUCUCAAUGAUGUAGCUGAAAGUUCAUUCAUCACCAGAAAGAUUCCAUACUACAGCAGUUUCAGAAUGUACAUUUCAAGGACUUGGCGCCAAUGCGUCUACAACUGCCUCCCCAUCCUUGCGUCCCUCCGAUUGUGGCACUCGCCCAUGAAGCGACUGAGUGGGCGUUUUGGAACCGGAGUGCUCUCCUACUUCCUGUUUCUCCGAACCCUCAUGCUGUUUAACCUCCUCCUCUUCUUCAUCACCGGCCUAUUUCUGGUGUUCCCUCAAGCCAUCAACCCUCCUCAAAAUGAGCGCCCUUACAACAAAUUCACUGGUCUUGAGCUUCUCACAGGCAAGGGUUACUUCUCUCAGAGUCUGAUGUUUUACGGCUACUACAGCGACACCAACAUCACAAUCAUCAUGCGCCAGACGGUGCCAUACAGCAUACCUGCAGCCUAUUUCUUUACCAUCACCAUCGCCUUCUUCAUUAUCUGCAUCAUCCUGGUGCACAGCAUAUCCAAGUCCUUUGGGAGAAGUUUUCAUGUCCUCAAGUCUAAUGGGAAUCUGGCGGUAAAGGUGUUCUGCUCCUGGGACUUUAAAGUCAGCAAGAAGACAUAUGUUAGACUGCAGUGUGAGAAAAUCAGCACUCAGCUCAAAGAGCUGCUCUCAGAGAUGAUGAGUGGAGAAGAUGAAGAGAGCAACAUGGAGCGACUCCGCCGCAUCUUUGUGCAUCUGUCAGCAUGGGCUGCCUGUAUGGCCAGCAUCGCCCUGGGCACCCUGACAGUCUAUCAUCUGUCAGAGAAAAAAAAGCAGACUGUCACUGACACGUCUUCCACAGAAACUGAACUGCUGCCAGUGUCUGCAGUAGUGUCGGCCAUUAACCUGUUACUCCCUGGACUCUUCAACCUAUGUGCUUGGCUAGAGAAAUAUGACUCACCCAGUGUUCGUGUCUAUGUCUCCAUCUUCAGGAACCUGUUGUUGAAAGUCAGUGUAAUUGGAGUGCUGUGUUACCACUGGCUCGGGAGAAUUGCGGUGGAACCAGAAAAUCAUGGCCUACAGUGUUGGGAGAGCUUUGUGGGGCGAGAGCUAUAUCGCUUGCUUCUGAUGGACUUCAUCUUCACGGUGCUUUACACUUUUUUGGGAGAGUUCCUGUGGAGGCUCUUUUCCAAGCACGUGUUGAAAAGGAACAGGAAGCCAGUGUUUGACAUUGCUCGUAAUGUGCUGGAGCUCAUAUAUGGGCAGACCCUCACUUGGAUUGGGGUUCUGUUCGCACCAUUGCUUCCUGCCAUCCAGAUCAUAAAACUGUUUGUGCUGUUUUACAUGAGGAAGGACAGUCUGUUGCUCAACUGUCAGGCCUCAAGUAAGCCCUGGAGGGCCAGUCAAAUGACAACAUUAUUCAUCUCUCUUUUGUUCUUCCCCUCAUUUCUUGGUGCUGUCACGGUUGUCACAUAUACAAUUUGGAAGAUUAAACCCUCAUCAGGUUGUGGCCCUUUCAGGAAUAAUACCAUGUUUGAGUCGGUGGGGGUGUGGGCCAAACAGAUGCAGGACACUCAUCCAGUCCUGACGUGGCUCAACUGGAUUUACAGAUAUCUAGUGGAUAACCCACUUUUGUUAUUCCUCGCCAGUGGAGUUUUUCUAAUGGUGAUAUACAUUCACUCUCAAGUUGUCGAUGGCCAAAGGAGAAUCAUCAGUCUGUUAGAGAAGCAAAUUGAAAAUGAGGGUAAGGACAAAAAGUUCCUCAUCACCAAACUGCAAGACAUAAAUGAACAGAGUAGUCCGGUUUCUCCUCAUCAAUAAGCAACACACUGAAGAAAUGGCAAGAUAUCAUCUCAUCAACAACACAUAUCUUAGUGUUGAUAUAAUCAUCAAUGCCAAGAUAGCUAUCAGCACCAUCAGGAAUGUCACGUACAAGGUACAAAGAGAAUGAAAGUGGAAGAAAAAACAGUUACAGUAAAAAAAAUAAAUAAAAGUGUUCAAAUACA